CUUGAACAACUUCUCGCCAAUCAACAGGCACAAAUCAAUCGCCUUGAACAAUUACUCCUCACUCAAACCAAUGCUCAACCUUCAGCAGAGCCCCCUAAUCAACAACAACAGCAACAGCAAAUGGAGGAAGAACAACUGGUCUCUCAACUUCACUCCUUGGACAUUCGUCCUGAUUACACCUGGAAACCUUCGCCCUUUUUAUCUGAAGUAAUGCAAUUCAACCAACCUUUGUUCACCACGAACACUUUAACCGAUGACAAACGUAAAGCGAUCAUCGAACAGUAUCCUGGGCAGAAGGAUAUGGAUUAUCAACCUCCUGAUACCGUACCUCUCGCAGCUCGUACCAUGAAGCCACAUCUCACGAAGCAGGAUCGUUCUUUAAAACGGCUACAGUACCUUGCUUCGGCCACAUUCAGACCUUUGGAUGUAUUGGCCUUGGAACUUAGUAACGACAAUACUAAUCCUAACGUUCAACGUUACUUACAUAUGCUUAACGACUGUCGUUCUUUACUUUUAAACUUAACCUCGGAAAUGACGGAAAUGCGAAAGACAAUUGCUUUUCAAGCUAUUAACCCUCAUUUCUCUUCUACUAACCCGUCGUCACAGCAUACUUACAUUAUGCCUGUUGACGAUUUUCAGGCGGCUUUGGCGCAACAAACCACCAACUUGCAAAACGUGCAAAAAGCCUCUCGAUUUGGUCAACGACCUCAAGUUAGCACCAAUCAA